AUGGGGUCCGCGCAAAGCUUCCACAGGAAGCUAGUUGUUUAUAUCGACGACCCCAUCAUCGUCGACGACGUUUCGAUCUUAGUCCAGUCCGACCAAGACUGGACCGCGCUGUUCGAGGCACAGCACGUUGCGGGUCGUCUCGACUGUCUCAACGACAUCAUGGCUCGCAAGAGCUUCCUCUUCAACAGGGGACCCGAACGCUGGACCGGCAAAAACCGCGCCCUAACCGCUGCCGUCAAGGAUUAUGUCCUGAGGCACCACACCUGGUGUGAGGAGAUGCUGGCGCGCGGCAAAAGGCACAUCAACGGUGAGGUUCAACCCCCCAUGGUACCUUUCUUCUUCGGCAACGUUCUAGACAGGAAGGCCCGCUUAGCCGGCAGCGAGGACUUCCGCGACCCCAUGAGGCGCCGUCCUGCGUCCUGGUAG